CUCCCUUGCUCACUCCUUGCUGCCGCAGCUAGCUACAAUGCUGGAGCGAAUUGGCCACCUACCUACGCGUGGCAGAAACCACCUGUCUUCGUCCAUGUAUGUCGUCGGAAAAGUAACACGUUCGGUAUGCGCGGUUCACCAUGCGCUCCCCGUCCCUGUGCUGCCCGCAUUUGUGCGUCGCCUUCUCUACCAGGCCGCAACGGCACAAAUCUGAGCGUGGGAUCACUCACAUCUGUGAUGUUGCUGGCUCGUCCAAGAGGCAAUGCUCGACGCGAGGUUACACAGGGAGGUCAGAGGGAUUGGCUACAUGCCGCUUCGUCUCGUCUUCUCUGUCUGUCUGUCUACUUAUCUGUCUUGAUCAAAGGCCAGCCACUUGGCCGACAGACGGGCUUUGUCUAUCGGCUCUGCUCUGAUCUGCUCUUCUCUCGCUUUAUACGCGCACAACACCUCACAUCAACAUCACCAUCACAAGCGGACCGCUCUUAAUUAGCACGUACACAACACGCCCACACAUAGACGACAUAGAGGCAUGACACACACAGCCAUGCACAGCCAGACAGACAGACAGGUCUGUACGCUCUUCCUUCACUCUUCACUCUUCCUGAAAACACACACUGAAAAGACUGAUAGGCGAAAAAGCUGACUCACUCAGCCAUCCAUCCAUCCACCCGACCGACGCUAAGCAGAGAGGCCUCCCCUCACCCCUCAUGUCAUUGUCCGUCUGUCUGUCUGUCACGAGCCAGCUGUUCAGUUGGUCCGUCAGUAUGGAAUACCAUCGGGGCGACCAUCAGUAGGUGGGGUGGCUCAGAGCUCGUCGUGGACGACGGGCUUGCUGGCCUUCUCCUUGACCCACUUGAGCAGACCCUCAGUCGUCCUGUGGUGAUAACGGGCGGACAUAUAAGAGUGUGGGUAGAAAUGGGGUCACUUGGCUGUCUGUGGCGUGCGAGCAUCCUUACCUCGCCCCGUUAUAUUUCGAUGGGCCCUUGGCGCCGGCAGGGAUCCAGAAGAUAGUCGGGAAACUGACAAUCACACACACACACACACACACAUGCGCACACACACGUGCUUACGACUCAUGGGUGGUGGGCGCCUCUCCCACCGCAGCAUAGCAUAGCCUUCAUUACUUACUUACCCGCUCCAGUCAAAUCCCUCGACAGGUGACUCGUUGGCUGUGCCGUCCAUCUUGGCGACAACGAUGUGGUCGAUGGACGCCUUCUGGAGCUUCUCGGCGAACUCCUUGUAGACAGGCUCCAGCUUCUUGCAGUGGCCGCACCACGGCGCGUACACCUCAAGCAUCACAUCCUUGUCGUCACGCAGCACUGACACACACACAUACACACACACACACACACACACAGAGAGAGAGAGAGAGAGAGAGACGUGUAUGGAUGCUGGCGUGUGUUGUGUGUUGUGUGUUGCCAAUGGAUGGAUGGAUGCGUGUACCCAUUUCCUCGAAGUUUUUGGCGACGACGACCUUGACAGCCUCGUCGUUUUUCUCGGGGAUGGCCUCGCUCUUGAUGGCCUUCUCCACCUUGCCCGCACUGACGUCCUCCAGGAAGGACACGAGCUUCUCAGCCUCGAUGGCCAGCUCAGUGGGGUACACGUAGCGGCCCGACUUCUUCUGCACGACUACGGCCGGGAACUCGCUCACGCCGAGCGCAUCUGCACACACACACACACACAGAGGGAGGGGGUGAGCCUGUGUGUUGGUGGUGGGGUAGGGUGGUGUGGUGGGUGGUGGGUGGUCUGUGUGUGUUGGUCCCUCCCCCUCACUCACUCUCUGCGUGGCUGCCGAAUUCCUCCGUGUUGAGGUGGACCAUGGAGUAGCUCUGUCUGAACUUGGAUGCGGCGGACCGCAUGGCGUCGCCGUGCUUCUUGGCGUCGUCGGGCGACAUGCACGCCCACACCAGGUCUUGCGAACGAGACACGUACUUGCUGUAGUUCUGAUAUACAUAUGGAUGAGAUGACCACACAGUCAGUCAGACCACACGCAGACUGGCGUGUGUGUGUGUGUGUGUGUGUGUGUGACCUCUCCGCUGAUGGCGCCGAAGAGUGGGAAGGACUCGUCCUUGACGAAAGCCUCGAUCUCAUCGGCAGACUGGCGACACACAUGACAUGGACACAGGUCAGGUGGUGGAGACGACACAUACACGUGACACGUGACAUGGACACAGAGGUGUGUGUGUGUGUGUGGGAGCUGCUCCUCUCCUCUCACCUUGCCGGUGCAGGUGGUGGGGUCCUCGUCGGUCCUGUAGGCAAUCACCUCAUCCUUCGCGUCACCGCUCACCACAGCAAUGAACUGACACACACACACACACAGAGAGAGAUGACCACCACAGCCACUCUCCCUUCCUCCGUAUGUAUCUCCCUCACUCACCAAUGCGAGGUCCCUGUUCUUGUCUGCGACUUUUUCGUAUGUCUUGAAGAGUUCUGCCUCCUGGUCCUUGACGAACGCCACCAUGAGGAUGUCCUUAUCCUUCUUGAGCUUCUCGAGCUCCUCACCCGUCACCACACGCACCGCAGGUCCCGUGCGCUUCUCAAUCCACUCUAUGAUCGUCGGCUCCUGCCAGCCAGCCAGACACAGACAAAACAACGAGACACACGCACACACAGACACAGACACAGACACAGACAGACAGAGAUGGAGACACACACACACACACACACACACAGACGUGCAAAGCUCGUCUCGCUCGUCGCCCACAGGCUGGCUCACUGACUGACCGUCCUGCCUCCGUCGUAUUCCUCGGCUUGUCCGUUUCUGAAGAACUUGAUGGUGGGGUAUCCCCUGACCUCGUACUUCUCCGCCAGCUCCUUCUCCUGCGUGGCGUCCACCUUGGCCAGAGGCGGACCGCCGCUCUCCUUGAGCUUCUUGGCGGCCUUCUCGUACUCGGGAGCCAAACGCUUGCAGUGACCGCACCACGGCGCGUAAAACUCUGAGGACCGUCAGUCACACCACACGUCACACAUCAACCACACAGAGAGAGAGAGAUGUGCGCAAGAUCUGGUGAGGCAGCGUCAGGGUGCGUGUGUGUGUGUGUGUGUGGUUACCGACGAGGCUGAGAGGGUUCUGCUCGAUGAAGGAGGUGAAGUUGUCGGUGCCGAGCGUCACGACGGCCUCCUCAUCCUCCGCACGCACGACGGCGGGUGCCGCGAGACAGAUGGCGAGCACACUGAUGACAAGCUUCAUGGCGGCAAGAUGAGAAGAG